AUGGCUCACGCAUCUACAUCCUCUCAAUACGACCCACGACGACAUGUAGGAGUAAACGCAGAGCGUGUCACCAACGUAUCGAGUACAGAUUAUCCAGGACAUUAUCCCGACGAAGACCAUUCAUGGGACCUUGGCAAAUUCAAGCAGAAGUUGAGAGUCAAGGUGCAAAGCCUUUCGAACUUGUCCAUCGAAUUUGACCUGGUCGGUGUCGAUGCGUCAAUUGCGAAUGCGUUGCGGCGAAUACUAGUAGCUGAGGUGCCAGCAGUUGCCAUAGAGUUUGUAUACGUUUGGAACAACACUUCAGUCAUGGUAGAUGAGGUAUUCUCUCAGCGGCUGGGCAUGAUUCCAUUAAACGUCGAUCCAAACUUCAUGGAGUUGAAAGAAAACAUGAGCGACCAAGCGACAGACCGUAAUACGGUUGUCUUCAAACUCGAUGUCGCCUGUACACGCAAUACAGCUGCACCAAAAGAUGCCACCGAGGCCUCACAUCUAUAUGUUAAUUCAGAGGUGCUCUCCCGCCACUUAGAGUGGAUUCCUCAAGGAGAACAAGCAACCGUGUUUCCUGUCCCACCUGCGCCAACCAACCCAAACAUUGUCCUCAUGAAGCUGCGACCAGGGCAAGAAGUGUGCAUGGAGAUGCAUGCAGUCAAAGGUGUAGGGAAAGAUCACGCGAAGUUCAGCGCUGUCGCGACGGCGAGCUACCGCCUCCUUCCUCACAUCAUUCUCAAUCCCAAGAAGCCUGUCCCCCCGCAAUACGCGGACAAAUUUCAAAAAUGUUUCUCUCCCGGCGUCAUCAAUGUAGACCCAAUCACUAAAGCCGUGAGCGUGGAUGAGCGAGGCGCCAGAAAGGAGAGCAUGAGCCGGGAAGUACUGCGGCAUCCAGAGUUUGAAGGCUGCGUGCAGCUUGCGCGCGUGCGGGAUCAUUUUAUCUUCAAUAUCGAAUCAGAAGGACCUUAUGCUCCAGAGCGGCUCCUCCUGGAGUCUACCAAAGUUAUGCGGCAAAAGAUCUCGACGCUACGACGCGCAGCAGAUGCACUACUUGCUUUAGACUCGAGGGACGGGGACGUUCAGAUGCAAGACGUACAGUAAAUUAGAUGACAGUGUGCCUUCAUAGAUAUUGGUCAAUACAAAUGUCCAAACUCC